AUGGAUGCAAGGACAAGCAUGGCGUAUUCCCGUCUUGGGCAAGAGAGCCCCCGGCUUUCUUCAUCCCCGGUCGUUGAGGAGCUUUUCGACCAGAUAUUCGAUUGGCGUCUCUACUGCGAGUCCACCCGGGAGCUAGAACCGUCCCACUUGCCCGGCCGCCAGACGCCGCAGGGCCUGUCCAAGCUCAUAACCCAUUUCGCUCCCCCAUCUCUUGACCUUGACACUCUUGCCAUCAGUGACCUCCAACCCGAGCUCUACAAAAUGAAGACUCAGUUCCGGCCUGAUGAUGACACGCCCACCACCUCCACCUCGGACUACUCGGCACACUCCCCUCCCGAGUUGGUCCAGGAAGGAGGCAGCACAUCUCCUUCGGACCACUCCGGAUCUGUCUUCCUCGACCACGUUGAAGAGCGUCCCCACCCAGCUGAUGUUACCCUUCAUGAAGUCCAAGCCCAAGAUGAUGAGUGGACUUAUCCACAGACCGAAGACGCCCUCAAACCCGUUCGUCCGGGCUACCCUUCCCACAUUCUCGUUCAGGGAGACUGUACUGGGCUUCAGUCGAGGCAAGCUGCUGGAACAAAGCGUCGACGCUCCAUCAAGGACAUCGACAAGAGGCCCAGGCAGUUAGUUGACCCUGUCCAGACGGCAGACGUCCGCAAGAGUGGGGCAUGUGUGCCAUGUCGAGUAACCAAGACCAGGUGUCAUGACAGUGGUGUCUGUCCCACAUGCAGAAAGGCGUUUCCGAACCAUUCUCAUCUCAUCUGCACUCGCUUGACUCCCGCGACGGCUUGGCCAGUCAUGGCCAAGGUACCAGACUUUUGGUCCAGCUUUGCUGCUGAGGAGCAGUAUCUCUGUUCCGGUCCCCGGUUUUUCACCGGCAGCCCAAGGGAUAUCGCCAUCUUGUUCAGCAAUGAGAAGCAUUCGCCUUCGUUGUAUGCCACAGUCCAGGCAUACAGGUCCACCAAUAACCAUGAUGAGACCGGAUGUCCGAGAACUGCUGCGUUUCCUCGAGAGAAGGUCCCCAGUCAUCCAAGGCUCCAGCGAUGGGUUGAAGAGCAAAUCAAGCGUGAGGCCGGCGCAGAGUUCGGUCUCCUGUUGCAAAACUUUCUGCGAGUAUACUCCAAAGACGAUCUGCAAAAAAUGCCCAAGUACGAUUUGGUGAGCAAGGUUCACAAGAUGAAUUGCUUUUUCAGAAUCUGGAAAAUGCCCGCGUUCUUGUGCAUAGACCCUUCCAAGAAGCUAGUUCCCCUCCCGGUUUCGGUUCAGGCGCAGCUGAGAAGCAUCGCCAGAAAGGCGCUAGACCGGUUGGAGUAUGAUGUAUUCAAGAUGUUGGACGACUGCCUCAGCCAACAGGGCUCGCCAAAGGCAGAUGAGCGCGUUGCCAUUUGGGUGAGCAUGUGGCAGCUCAUGCUCAUGUACAGAGAGCUCUUGAUCGCGUACAAGGCCCAUCUUGGCCAAAUGAAGCGGGACCCAAGCUCCCCUGAUGAAUUCAUCACUUCCCAGACUCAGCAACACCGGCGUCUCGUUGAUAACUUCUAUCCCCUCCUCGCCAUCUUUUAUCAUUAUCAGUUCCGAACCAGGAAAAGCAUCGAGCUAUCUUUCGACUGGCUGGACGGAAUGCCAUCGUCCUCGGUACCACGUGAGGACAAGGACAACAUUCGUUGCAUUGGCCAGCAAUUGCUUGUCUCGAGAGCAAGUCUUUAUGGUUACAUUGAAUCUUCAGCAGACACGGUUGACGUGGACAAGAUGCUGUGGACUUUUGUCGUCGAGCACGAGGUGAAGAAGAUGAACGCUCGGAAGCGUAAUCCGAAAGGAUCAGGCUCCAAAUCCAAGAAAUCGCGGCAAGAUGACGACGAACUUGAUGACCAAUGA